GGGACGGAGGGUGGGAUUUGGUGCCUCUGUGCUCCCCUUUGCGACAUCUGGAGAGGUUCUUCCUUCUAGGUAGGAGCGCAGCAGCCUGGCAGGUCGGGGCUCUGGUUCAUAAGCAGGGAGUGCUGGUGUUCAGCAUGUCUUUCAUCCAGGUAGACAAGGACUCAGAUUUUCCUCUCCAAAAUCUCCCCUAUGGGGUUUUCUCCACUAAGGAGGAGCCUCGGCACAGAAUUGGGGUAGCGAUUGGAGACCAGAUUUUGGAUCUCAGCGUCAUCAAGCAUCUGUUCAAUGGACCAGCUCUUGCCAAACACCAGCAUGUCUUUGAUCAGCCCACCCUCAACGCCUUCAUGGGGCUGGGCCCCACGGCCUGGAGGGAAGCCCGGGCCCUGCUGCGGACGCUGCUGUCAGCCGCCGAGCCAACGCUGCGGGACAACGCGGGCCUGAGGAAACGAGCAUUUGUACCUCAGGCUUCUGCUACCAUGCACCUGCCAGCACACAUCGGAGAUUACACGGACUUCUACUCAUCACGACAACAUGCCACGAAUGUUGGGAUCAUGUUCCGGGGCAAGGAGAACGCGCUGAUGCCCAACUGGCUGCACUUACCCGUGGGUUAUCAUGGCCGAGCAUCUUCCGUCGUGGUGUCUGGGACGCCCAUCCGGAGACCUGUGGGACAAAUGAGACCCGACAACGAUAAACCUCCGGUGUUUGGUGCUUGCAAGCGUCUGGAUAUUGAGUUAGAAAUGGCAUUCUUUGUGGGACCUGGAAACAAGUACGGGGAGCCAAUCCCUAUCAGCAGAGCCCAUGAGCACAUCUUUGGGAUGGUCCUUAUGAACGACUGGAGCGCUCGUGACAUCCAGAAAUGGGAAUAUGUUCCUCUGGGCCCGUUCCUGAGCAAGAGCUUUGGCACAACCAUUUCACCUUGGGUUGUCACCAUGGAAGCUCUCAUGCCAUUUGUGCUGCCCAACCCUGUCCAGGAUCCCAAGCCACUUCCCUAUCUUCAGGAUGAAGAGCCCUACACUUUUGACAUCAAUCUCUUUGUUGCCAUUAAAGGAGAAGGAAUGAGCACGCCAACUACUAUAUGCAGAUCCAAUUUCAAGCACAUGUACUGGACCAUGAAGCAGCAGCUGGCUCACCAUUCAAUCAAUGGGUGCAACCUCAGGCCUGGCGACCUCCUGGCAUCAGGAACCAUCAGUGGGCCUGAACCUGAGAGCUUUGGCUCCAUGCUGGAGCUGUCUUGGAAUGGGACAAAAGAAAUCCCCCUUGGCAGUGGACAGUCUCGUAAAUUCCUGCAGGAUGGAGAUGAAAUCAUUUUAACAGGUUACUGCCAGGGGAGCGGCUACCGUGUGGGGUUUGGCCAGUGCUCAGGAAAAAUCCUUCCAGCCGUGUCAGGUCCGUGAUGACUGCAGUAAGGUGGUGUCCAAGGAGGAAGAGAAGAAGGAGGAGAAGGAGGACCAACCCCCCUGACUCUAAUAGAAAUGCUACUUUACUCAGAUUUAUUAUUUUUAUAUGAGUGAUUGAAAUCUUACUGUUUUUAAUUAUCAAUAAAUAUCUUCAAGAUGAA